UGGGCUGGGACCCCGCGCGGGACGCAGCGCCGCUCCCUGGGACCCCGAGCUCCUCCUGCACCCGACGCCGCGACCCCGAGCUCUCCGUCUUCGCCCUCGGCUGACCCCCAUCGUCCCGGUGACCCCCAUCGUCCCGGUGACCCCCCUGGUCCCGCUGACCCCCCUCGUCCCGUCCGCCCUCUGCCGACCCCCAACGUCUCCGCCGUCUGCUGAGCCCGGGGUCCCGUCUUUGCCCUCCGCUGAUCCCCGAGGUCCCGUCUCCGCCGUCUGCCGACCCCCAGCGUCCCGUCCGCCCUCCGCUGACCCCCAGCGUCUCCGUCUCCGCCGUCUGCUGACCCCCGAGGUCUCGCCUGCCCUCCGCUGACCCCCAGCGUCUCCGUCUCCGCUGACCCCCAGCGUCUCCGUCUCCGCCGUCUGCUGACCCCCGGGGUCCCAUCUUUGCCCUCCGCUGACCCCCAAGUUCCCGUCUCCGCCGUCCGCUGACCCCCGAGGUCGCGCCUCGAACUCCGCUGACCCCCGCCGGCCCAUCUUCCAUCCGCACUGAGCCCCACUUUGCUCUGCGGUGCCCCCCACCGCCCCGUCUCCGCUCUCCGGUGACCCCAUCUCCGCCGUCCAGUGACCCCGUCUCCGCUCUCCGGUGACCCCGUCUCUGCCCCACGUCUCCGCUCUCCGGUGCCCCCAUCUCCGCCGCCUGGUGCCCCCAUCUCUGCUCUCCGGUGACCCCGUCUCUGCCAUCCAUUGCCCCCAUCUCCGCUCUCCGGUGACCCCCAUCGUCGCCGCCUGGUGACCCCAUCGUCUCCACUCUCCGGUGACCCCCAUCUUCGCCGCCUGGUGACCCCAUCGUCUCCGCUCUCCGGUGACCCCCAUCUUCGCCACCUGGUGCCCCCAUCUCCGCUCUCCGCUGACCCCGUCUCCGCCAUCCAUUGCCCCCAUCUCCGCUCUCCAGUGACCCCCAUCUUCGCUGCCUGGUGACCCCAUCUCCGCCAUCCAUUGCCCCCAUCUCCGCCGUCCAUUGCCCCCAUCUCCGCCCCCCGCUCUCCCAGCCGUGAUGUCCACCCCGUCCCAACGCAGGAGCGCCCGAAGCGGCGGCGGCGGAGGCGGAGGCGGCGGCACCACCUCGGGGACCCCCCUGUCCCCGACGCGCAUCACCCGGCUGCAGGAGAAGGAAGACCUGCAGGAGCUCAACGACCGCCUGGCCGUCUACAUCGACAAAGUGCGCUCCCUGGAGCUGGAGAACGCGGGGCUGCGGCUGCGCAUCACCGAGUCCGAGGAGGUGGUGAGCCGAGAGGUGUCGGGCAUCAAGGCCGCCUACGAGUCGGAGCUGGCGGACGCGCGGAAGACGCUGGAUUCGGUGGCGAAGGAGCGAGCGCGGCUGCAGCUGGAGCUGAGCAAAGUGCGCGAGGAGCACAAGGAGCUGAAGGCCAGGUGCNGGAUGCUGGGAGAUACUGGGGUUGGAAACUGGGAGAUACUGGGCAGGAUAUUGGGGGUCUCUUGA